GUUACAAUAACGCUGGAGACACAAUCGAGUCGUGCCUUUAGCUUCUUUCCCCGCCUGCAACGACAUACUUCUCCCUGCUCACUGGACGCAUGCAGAAAAGCAAGUGUGUGAUAAAAAAUACUGCUCAAUCCACAGGCUACUGACCUGAUUUGUCUCAACUUUACCCACAAGGACUUUCUCUCCAAAUCUAUGCAAAAAAAACAAUAAGACGGACCCAAAUUGUGCGUAAGGGUGGGAGUAAUUUGACUUUGGAAAUUUUAUGAAGUGGGUGUGACUGACUUGAGAGGUGCGUGUUUUUAGAGAAAAUUUGAUCCAAAAAGAGAAAGUCGGAGAAAGCAACAGGCAAAAUGCCUCCACCACCACCCUCCCCACCAAAACAACGCUCCGAGCUGGAAGAAUUGCAAUAUAAAGCGAGCGAAGUUACCGAUCAGUCGCUUCAAAGUACUCGAAACAUGCGAGAACUUUGCAACGAGGCGAAAGAGAUGGGAAUCCGCUCCCUUGUCGCUCUGGACGAUCAAGGCGAAAAACUGGACAAUAUUGAGAAAGGAAUGUUGCAAAUUAACAGCGACAUGAAAGAGGCAGAAGAAAAUAUGCGAGGGAUGGAAAAUUGCUGCUCCCUUAUUAAGUUUCCGUGCGCAAAGGGAAGCAAAGAUGAUGCCAAUUGGAAGGUGAACGAUGGCGAAGGGGGUGGUGGGUCGGAAAGACCGGGUGGACCCUCCGACGCAGGAAUACCCACGUAUGGUGGAUUCGUCUCAAAAUACACGAACGACGCUCGGGAGGAAGAGAUGGAGAAGAACAUGGAAGAAGUAUCGAACAUGGUGGGUAAUCUGAGAAACAUGGCAGUCGACAUGGGAAGCGAAAUUGGCAAUCAGAACGCUCAAAUUGAUCGUAUAAAUAUGAUGGUACAUGCCUUGCACGAUGCGUACCUAACUUGCUUAAAUUUCUCCACUAACAAAUUAAUCCCUUUCAGGCUGAGAACAACGUCGGUCGAAUCUCCACGGCGAACGAGAAAGCUCGAAAUCUUCUCAAGUAGACGAUCUAGCAAAAAUUUACAACUGGAAACCAACAUUUCUCAAAAAUUACUACAUACUACCCAGCAAUAUUUUCAAAGUGAUAAAAUAUUCGUUGUUGUUGUGAAACUUAUUUCAAUAAUUGUUCAACUUACUUAUUAACUAUUUAUUAAGUAGCUUCAGCUACUUUAUGUGAAGACUUUGUCUGUCUGUCUGUCUGUCUGUCUGUCUGUCUGUCUGUCUGUCUGUCUGUCUGUCU